GUUUUGCUGAGGGACUAUAAACUCCGAUCAUACACCCUCAAUGCCGUAAGUUUUCAUUUUCUUCAAGAACAGAAAGAAGACGUACAACAUUCCAUUAUUACGGAUUUACAGAAUGGAAAUGAACAAACCAGAAGGCGACUUGCUGUAUAUUGUUUAAAAGAUGCUAUGUUACCUUUAAGACUUUUAGACAAGCUGAUGUGUAUUAUCAAUUACAUGGAAAUGGCUCGGGUGACAGGGGUGCCUUUGUCUUAUUUACUUUCACGGGGUCAACAGAUUAAAGUAGUGUCCCAGCUUCUGAGGAAGGCAAAAGAACAUGACCUUGUCAUACCAGUUCACAACCCUGAACAAGGUGAUGACUUCACAGGUGCUACAGUCAUCGAACCUGUGAAAGGAUAUUACAAAGACCCAAUUGCAACUCUGGACUUUUCUUCACUAUAUCCAUCUAUCAUGAUUGCUCACAAUCUGUGUUACACAACACUCUUGCCAAAUCAGACUAGAAACCAGAUGAAUCCUGAUGAGUUCAUUAAAACUCCUUCUGAUAACUAUUUUGUUAAGAAGUCUGUUAGAAAAGGAAUCCUUCCAGAAAUUUUGGAAAACUUGUUGAGUGCCAGAAAAAGAGCCAAAGAAGACCUCAAAAAAGAGACUGACCCUUUGAGAAAGAAGGUGCUAGAUGGCCGCCAACUGGCUUUGAAGAUUAGUGCUAAUUCUGUGUACGGGUUUACUGGUGCUCAAGUGGGCAAACUUCCUUGUUUAGAAAUUUCUCAGAGUGUGACAGCUUUUGGACGUAUGAUGAUAGAGAAGACUAAAACAUUGGUCGAAGAAAAAUACAACAUAGCUAAUGGCUAUGCCCAAAAUGCAAAGGUUAUCUACGGCGACACUGAUUCCGUCAUGGUCAAUUUUGGCAUUCCCUUUCCACCUUCAGGCGAUCAUGUUGAAGCAUUAAAGCAGGUGAUGGAGCUUGGGAAGGUCGCAGCAGAGUACGUGUCGGGUCACUUUACAUCACCAAUAAAGCUUGAGUUUGAGAAGGUUUACUUCCCAUACUUGCUGAUUAAUAAGAAACGCUAUGCUGGCCUUUACUACACCAAACCAGAAACACAUGACAAAAUGGACUGUAAAGGGAUAGAAACAGUACGUAGAGAUAACUGCCCUCUUGUGGCUAACCUCAUUAACAUGUGCCUUCAAAAAAUUCUCAUUGAAAGAGACCCCAGUGGAGCAGUAGAGUAUGCCAAACAGAUAAUUUCUGACCUCCUGUGUAGUAGAGUAGACAUAUCUCAACUGGUUAUCACCAAAGAGCUGACUAAAACGGAUGAUGAAUAUUCGGCGAAGCAAGCACACGUUGAGUUGGCACACAGGAUGAAAAAACGAGACCCAGGAAGUGCACCCAAUCUUGGUGACAGAGUUCCUUAUGUUAUCAUUGCUGCUAGUAAAGGAACAGCGGCAUACCUCAAGUCUGAAGACCCCAUUUUUGUUCUAGAGAAUAACAUUCCAAUUGAUACCCAGUACUACCUGGAAAACCAGAUCUCCAAGCCUCUGCUCCGAAUUUUUGAACCCAUCCUGGGAGAAGAUAAAGCAAAGUCCUGCCUUUUAAAGGGAGAUCACACAAGAACGAAAACUGUAGUUAUGUCAAAAGUGGGAGCUUUAGCAGCCUUCACGAAGAAACGAGCCACUUGCAUUGGUUGCAAGGCUUUGUUGGAUAAUGAAAAAAAUCCUAUUUGCAAACACUGCAAGCCCAGAGAACCCGAGUUUUAUCAAAACGAGAUGGUCCAGUUGAAUGCACUUGAAGAGAAGUUUGCUCGACUAUGGACACAGUGUCAACGUUGCCAAGGAAGCUUACACGAGGAUGUAUUGUGUACAAGUCGGGACUGUCCCAUAUUUUAUAUGAGGAAGAAAGUACAGAAAGAUUUGGCUGACCAAGAAAAAGUGAUUUCAAGAUUUGGGAUUCCAAGUUGGUAGUACACACACUUGUACAUAGAACUAGAAACCUAAACUGUCUUAACCAUUAAAAUUCUGUUGAUAAUGUGGAACUUUAUAUUGUAGAAGAGGCAUUUUUUGAAAUGUACUAGUGACAGCAUUUUUUAUAUUAACAAUAUAUGUAUAAUAUUUUUUUAAAUGUUCAUGCCACCUGUAUUUGUUUUCCACUAUUCAUAAUGUUUCAUUUCACAAAACCUGCUUAUGGACAUAAAGGUAUUAAAGCACUGACUCAUUGAAGAAGGAAAGAAAUAUCUUGUAAAGAAAUGUUUAGUGCUACUGUUGAUUGUUACAUUCUCAUGAUACAUUGAUUUAGUAAUAACCCUAACAUCAGGCCAUCUAUUGAAGUUGAGGAAAGGCACUUCCUUGUUGAAAAAUCAUGAUACAAAAACAUGUUGAGCAUUAUGUAUAACAUAUGGUAGUCUGUGACUUGUUACUUUAGUACUGUCAGUUCACUAAUUAAUAGUCAUUAUAGUUUGAUAUUACUAACUUUUGAUAUAGUGUGUGAACCUUAAAAUUUGGCAGACUUUCAGUAAACAUUACAAGUCUUACCCAUACA